CAAUGAAACAUUGUAUCAUUUUUUUCCUAGUAUAAUAAUUAUUGAUAAAUUUUAUCCUAGUUUGGGGAAAAGUAGAUAAAUCAAGUAAAAUUAGUAUUAAUAAAUGAAAUCAAAACCAAUUGGUGGAAUCCAAUCUAAUUGGCACAACUGGAUCAAUUCUUUUUCGUUGAAUGAAUGGACAAAUUUUCUAUUUGUGUAUUUUGCUAGUUUUUGAUAUUCCAACCCAACCGUUUUGACUCUAACGAGAAUAAUUCAUACUAAUUUUAUCCAUUUUAAAUGUUAUCUUUUUUUUUUCUCUCUCUAAAAACAGAUAACAUUUAAAAAGGUUAGAUUCAAAUCAGUAUUUUGGAAACUUUAACAUAUUGGAUGAUUUAAUAAAAAAUAUCCGGUAUUGAUUUCGUAGUAGUAGGCAGAUGUUGAUCAUCCAACUUAAUGAUCAAUCCUCAAAUUGGGUCAAAUUAGUCUUUAUGGGCAGUAGUCUAUAUAAUGAUAACAUUUCUGGAAAAAUUGAGCAAAUUAAUAACCUAAUAUGAAGUUCGAGCUAUUUUAAGAUGUUAAUUUAAGAAAGAAUCCAUUGGAACAUGACACCAAAUCUAACUACUAGGACUAUAAUUUUAUUUGCUGAAAGGACAAAGAACAAGAAAGAUACUAUUUACUUUUAGUCUCAAUUAGUUAUUGGUCAAUCAAACCAUUAUUUAGUAGUUCAGUUUAUAACAUUUGUGUUGUUCAAAUCAAAUUGGAACUACUAUCUUUCCAAACAUAUUUUUUAUAAUUAAAAAACAGAAAAAAUACAUAGAAAAAUUAUAUAUAAGUUUGUUUGGGCAGGUAUCACCAAGAAAAAUUAUACAAAUAUAUAUUACCUUUUGGUUAAUAUUUUCGUAUGACCUGAACUUUGACCAAAAUAAAAAUUCUAGUCAAUCUUUUCGAUCUAUAACAUCCUGGUCCGAACUAUACAACAAAAUAAACAAUUUGGCCAAACCCGAUGUUUGACCGUUAACUUGGACGGUCAAACGCGCUGACUAACGGUCAACGCGCCACGUCACUGCCAAGUCAGAAGAUCUGAUAAAUAUUUAAUUUUUUGGUUUUUUAUUUUUGGUUUAACUAAGGUAUUAGAUGUUUUUUUUUAAUUUAUAAUAAUUUAAAAUUAGAAAAUGUGUGAAAAUUGUGAAUUAUUUUAAAUAUUUUAUGGUGACUUGGCAGUGACAUUGCGCGUUGACUAACGGUCAACGCGUUUGACCGUCCAAAUUAACGGUCAAAAGUCUAAUGUGGCCAAAUUAUUUAUUUUGGUGUAUAGUUCGGGUCAGUAUGUUAUAGAUCGAAAAAAUUGACCAAAAUAUUUAUUUUGGUCAAAAUUCAGACCAUACAAAAAUAUUAACCCUUAGUUUUAUUAUACUAAACGUUUGAAGAUGAUUUCUUACCAUUUUGAAAACCCCUUCCUCAAGUUGCGAUCUUUUGCCCUAAUAAAACAUUUCCCUUUCGGCGAACUCAAAUAAAAACCCAAGUCAAAAUUCAAAAAGAAGAAACAAAAAAAGUCCCCUCGGAAACCGCAGCCCUCUCCACUCCUCUGAUCCAUCCCCCGCUCUUAAAUCUUCAAUCUCAAUCAGAAAUUUUAAAUUUGUCCUCUUUGCACCGGAUCCAGAACACCCACGAAGAAGAAGAUCUACUCAACCUUCAUUUUCAUGGCGGCAAUCCGAGUCCCAUGAAAAAGCUUUCAAGUUCCCUCCCCAAAUCACCAACAUGGCGAAUACCCACAAAAGAGGCAAGUCCUUCCUCCUCCUCCUGCAUCUCUCUCUGCUCUUCAUCCUCCUCUCUUCGCCGCUCGUAACCCACUCUAGCGAGGAAGAAUCCGGAACUGGACUCGAGCCCGAAUCCGGAAAUGAAUCCACUCACCACCAGGAAGUAGUGUUGCAGAGAAUGGAAGAAUUAGUGAAAAGUUUAGGAGAAAUAGUAUCUAGGUUAGAGCCUUUGUUGUCCCAAUCGCCUCCGCCGCAGGAAUCGCCUCCAAAGCCGCCGCCUGCCGUGGUGACCGGUGGAUUGGAAGACCGCGACCAAGUGAAAGGGGAAGGUACUAGCGAUAAUAAGUCUAGGGUUGGGGAGAAGUUGAAAUCAGUGUCAGUGACAAAGUACAGUCCACUUUGGUCAGAGAGGUUUCAAUUCUUCUCGGCGGUGAAACUCGAUUCGCAGGCGACUUGCGUGAACGUGUUGCCAUUUCGAGACUACGAAGGUGUCAGCAAGUACGUUGCAGUUGGGGACGAUCGCGGUAAGGUUUAUGUCUUCCUGAGGAAUGGAGAUGUUCUUGCCGAGUUCGACACAACGGUGGAUUCCCCUGUAACCGCCAUUGUCUCCUACCUUGCUAUGUACAAGAACGAGAGCGUCCUAGUGACAGGGCACCAAAAUGGCGAGAUCUCUCGUCACAAGAUUGUGGAGAGAACCACAAAUGGCGUGGAUGAUUACACGUCCUUGGAAACUGUCGCCGUCGGUGGUAAGUUUGAAGGGGAUAGGGGUAAUUUGGCAGUGACAGUUCUGGAAGUCCACCAUGUCGGCAGAUCGAGGUACAUUCUGAGUUCGGAUGGUGGUGGGACGAUCAGGGUUUACAAAGAGGGCGGGAAGUUCCAUGGAUCAGUCAAGCCAUCGAGCAGGCCGCUUGCGUUCUUGAAACAGCGGCUUAUGUUCUUGACGGAGACUGGGGCGGGUUCGUUGGACUUGAGAAUCAUGAAGAUCAGGGAAUCACAAUGUGAAGGGUUGAACCAUUCCUUAGUAAGAAACUACGCGUUCGAUGUGACCGAACGGUCCAAGGCCUAUGGUUUUACUUCCGGUGGGGAUUUGAUUCACGUUUUGUUGUUGGGGGAUGUCUCCAAUUUCAAAUGCAGGGUAAGGUCCAAGAGGAAGAUGGACAUAGGUGAAGAUGAAACCCUAGCUAUGAAUGCCAUCAAGGGCUACCUUCUAAUCGUCAACGGACACAAUGUGUAUGUCUACAAUGUCUCCUCUCACCACUAUGUCAGAAUGGUGGGCCCACGGUUGAUCUUCUCGGCUGGUUUGGACGAGAUCAAAUCAUCAUUUCUCAGCCAUCAAACCGGGGUCGAGUCGAGUGGAGUGCCAUUGAUAGCCAGUGACAGAGAGAAGCUAGUGGUGGUUGGGCUAGGAGAUGGUUACGUGGGGAUGUACCGUUCGAGCCUACCAGUUUUCAAGGGCGAGUUCAACACUAUGACUUGGAUGAGUCCUGUCUUGAUAUUCAUACUCUUUCUAUUUGGGGCAUGGCAGUUCUUCGCCAAGAAGAAGGAAGCUUUGACAUCAUGGGGGCCGGAUGAUCCAUUCGUCGGGACCACCAACGCCACUUCAUCAUCAUCUGCAGGGAACUCAGCUCCGACAUUGGAGACCUCUUCGAGGAACAGUGGUGGGAUCAUGGACUUGAGGACUGGUGCCGGUGAAGGGAUGAGAGGGGCGACGAGGAGAUAUGCUUCACCGCCAAGGUAUUCUGGUGGCGCAGGGACGACGAGUGGUUCGUUUAGGCCAAGUGCUGUUGAUGCUGGUAACGCUUCUAGGCCGAGUUCAGUUGAACCAUCAGGUUAUAGAAGUUCGCCGUCGGAGCUGAAAUAUCGAGCCUCGCAUAUGGAGCCACCUGGGUUUCCCAAGAGGCGGGAGAACCUGUUUGCGAACAACCAGGUCGUGGAUGAUGGGAACUGAAUAUGGGAUUCGUUUGCAGUUCUUUCCUUCUUUGGUUUCUUUUCUUAUGGCCUUCUGUUUUUGGGUUACCACAGUGUUGUAAGGUUUACAGCUGCUGCUAUGUAAUGACCUCUAUCAGUGCUGACUAAUAAAAAUGGAUUUACAGUGAAUUGUGCUCCACUAGAUUGGACUGGGCUGGUAUUGAUUGAUCUUUAGUUCUGGGUUUGAAGUAAAACCUUCAUCACCCAAGCCCAGCCCAGGUUUUCAUUUUUAUAAAUUAUGGAACAUCUUUUUUGGUAAGUGAAAAAACUUCGUCAAAUCUUUUAGUAAGGUACCUAGUAAGUCUUAGUUGUUAUAAAAAAAAAAAAAAAACACGUCUUAGCUCGUCCAACCACAGGUAGGGGUGAACAAACACACCCGUAAACAGAUUCACCCGUCCAACCCGACCCAACACACCCGUAUUUAUCGCUAAACAAAUGUUUUGGGUUGGGUGAUGGUUUUCUUUUGUACAACCCGUCUCUUUUGGGUUGGGUUUGGAUUUUGGAUUACACAACCCGUAGUACCCGACCCAACCCGUGUUCCAACUAUUAGUAUGAGUUCGUAUCUAAAAAAUAUUUAUGUCGUAUAUAGCAAUACUUAUGAGAAAAUUAAGAUAUUUCGCCAUGUUUUUCUAUCAUGGUCUCCCUAAUCUAAUGCAUUCUUCGACUUAAAGUUUAGACAUAAAUUGAAUAUAGUUAUGAUUCACGUAAUCCUUUUUCUUGUGUACAAUUUUAAUAGAAUAACAUAUUAUGGAUGCGUUUGUUUAUAACCUUUUUAGCCUAUUUCAACAAAUAUCGUGAAAAAAACUAGACAUAUGUUGAAGUAAAUCACAUUUUAUUAAAAUUCAAACAACAUUUGUGAAUUUUGAUACCUUUCACCUCGAUUUAUUCGUUUGAAAUUUUAAUUUGUUCUCAAAUAUUUUUUAUGAUGUAUAAUAAUUAUAUAUUUUAUGUUGGGUUGAAUUUUUACUUAAAAAUAUCGCCAACCCGACCCAACCCAAUUAGAAACAAACCGUAGGGUUUAAAUUUUUUUGGGUGGGUUUCGGUUUGAUAAUUCCCAAACCGUAGUGCAUGAGUCGGGUGAUUAAAAUGGUUAAACCCGAACCACCCGACCCAUGUACACCCCUAACCACCGGCGCGCCAGCUGUAUCCCGCCACGCCCGGUGUCCUUGCCGCGCCAUGCUGCCGCUGCCCCUGGCGCGCCCAUCGUCAUAUUUACGCCGCCGAUGCGAGGUCACUGACUCUUCCCUACCUCCCCCUUUCCUCAUCCCUAUUUUUUUUUAGAUCUGUAAUUUUUUUCAUAUUCCAGAUAUGAUUUUUUGUUUUAGUAGAAGGAAUCUCUACUGGUAUGAUACUAGUGAGCACUUGUAGCGUACCACUAUCACUGGUAGUGGUAUAUCACAUGUAGCGCUACUGGAACGUACCAGUGACUAGUGGUAGCGUACCACUAGACAAAAAUCAAUAUAAUUAGCGCAUUGUGAGUGGCUGCUGAAAAAGGAAGACAUAGAUAUGAAGAGAGAGAAAUGUAUUUAUGGUAGGAUUUAAAUUUUAAAAUAAAACAAUGUAUUUAAC